AUGACUGUGACAGAAAUUAAAGGGUAUCAAAUAUUACCCCUAGCUUUACCCGAAUCUACUGUAUCUCAUUAUGUUUACUUCAAGAAACAUGAUGUAAAAAACUCAAACACAUCGAAUCGAUCAAUAUUUAUAUUUAAUUUACCAAUAGGCACAGAUUUAACUAUUAUCAAGAAAUAUUUCCAAUCAGUUGCUAUUGGUGCUACCAUAGAGACUUUCACAUCUUCAUAUUUGACCGAUUAUCCUGAAGAUGUUUGGAUAAAUUUAUCUAAAUUAACCAGUGAUUUAGAAAUAUCCACUGAAAAGGAUGAUGCAGUUGCUAGUAAAUUACCUAAAAACUGUGGUAUUGUGACAUUUAUCGACAAGGGUUCAUUCACCCUUGCGUUUAACGCAUUAAAGAAAUUAUCUUCGAAUCAAACUACAUCAAAUUGGCCAAUCCAAACAUUUGAUUCAAAUUAUUAUUUAAACAAAUAUCAUUCACAAAUAUUAGAUGUUGAAGAAUUAUCUAACCAAGUUUCAGAAUCUUUAAUAGAAUUUGAUCGUAAAGAACAAGAGUCUAUUGAACAAUUACAACAACAAACUCAACUAGUCGAUGAGGAUGGAUUUACAUUGGUUGUUGGAUCUCAUAGAAAGACAAAAGCAGGUAUAUUGGGUAAGCAAAAGCUUGCAUCUACUGUUGAAGCUGAUAAGGCAAAAGCUAAGAUGAAGAAGAAGGAAAAGGAAGAUUUCUAUAGAUUCCAAUUAAGACAACGUAAGAAGGAAGAAAUGAAUGAAUUAUUGAGGAAGUUCAAGUUAGAUCAAGAAAGAGUUAGAUUAAUGAGAGAAAAGAAGAGAUUUAGACCUUAUUGA